CUAGAAAAAAAAUACAUUAGUUAUUUACCGGGUUAAAGUCGGUCCGUAUCGUGAAAUACCGUGACCUCGGACUUUGGCCUUCGGCCUCGGUCAGUAUUUUCAAGACCUCGAUCACGAUACGGACCUCCCACCCGGCAAAUAACCCCUAUGUAUUUACAUCAAACUCAAAAAAAUGUAUAAUGUAUCAUUGAAUACUUUAUUAUGAGAUUGUGUUUAAAUAAGUUACAUCUGAAAUUUUUUUUUAAAUUACAAAAUGUUGUGUAAAGAAUUGACAUUGUUGGUGUUUUUGUUGUGUUGGCAGACCCCCCUAGUGGCAAAAAUUGGAAUUAAAACUUUGUUUAGUAACAAAUUGCAGCUGAAGUCAAAAUCUCCGGUUUUCUUAACUUUGAAUGUUGGCAUGUAUGUCAAUGUGGCUUCGGUAUUUUUCCCCAGCUCCUUUUCAACGGCCAAGGCAGACACUAAGAGUUUUCUCUUGAAUAACUCAAGUUCUUUAAUUUCUGAAAUUUCCUUUGGGAUGCUCGUCUUUUCCCUGUUGACAGGCUGCUUUCUGUUGCUCGUUUGGUUGUCAUUAAAAAAGUUCAGCCACGCAACAACAUCGCUGAUAUCGCCGGCGGCCAUACCGACGAGCUUAAGUUCUUUGCGAAUAAUAUCACGUAGGCUAUGUCCAACAGAGCUAUACGGUCUCGCAUGACCCGCACUAUCAAGAAUAAGGUAACUCAACUAAAGGAGAGCUAAAAGCAUAUAAGUAUAAGCUUUAUGCCUUCCUUGCGCCAUCACCACAGGCUACCCAGCCCACCACAUCCAAGAGACGGCCGAUGGGCUUGGCUGGUUCUGGCCUAUGGUUACGCAUGCUCAGUGGUGAUGGCUGGACUGGUCUUCAGUUUUGGUGUGUUUUUACCCACGCUAAUGGAAUCUUUGGGAAGUAACAGACAACUCACAGCGCUCGUUGGAUCGACAUCGGUUGGUUUCACGCUCCUCGGGUGUGUUCUCGCGAGCAACUUGUGCGAACGCUGGACAUGUCGCGUCACGAACGGCAUAGGGAUUCUCUCCUCGCUAUUGGGUCUGGUACUGAGCUCCCUAGCCCGGUCUAAUACUCUAUACUUCACAUACAGCCUCUUUAUGGGGUUUGGCAACGCUUGUUCUAUUUGCGCAUCCUUCAUUUCAGUGCGCCGGUACUUCGAUAAACACUAUCAUCUGGCUAUGGGCGUGCUAGUGUUCGGACCGCUAUCUCAGUUAUUGAUAGACUUCCUCGGGUGGAGAGACACGUUUCGCGUUUUCGCUACAGGGGCUGUGCUGCUUCUGCUUCUAACGUUUAUAUAUGAUCCAAAUGUGGAAGUACCGCUGGCCAACAAUGCUAGUGCCGCAUCGGCAGGAGCCGCCACGGAGUCCCCUUGUAGGGGAAUGUUUGACUUGUCCGUGUGGAAAUAUCCGGACUUCACUGUGGCAGUUGUGGCUAUUUCUAUCAGUAGCUUUGGUCAUAUGGCGCCUUUUGUUAACUUGAUCAAGUACUCUGCGGAGCAAGGCGUCAGUGCCCAGAAAGGCUCUCUUCUAUUCGUCUUCAUUGGCAUCAGCAGCAUUAUCUCCCGCCUCAUUUCCGCACGCCUGUGUGACGUCAGUUUCAUCAAACCGAGGCACGUCAAUCAAGCAGCAGCUGUCCUAUCAGGAGUUGUCACUAUUUUGCUGACGUUGGCUUCGACCUUUACUUUCCUGGCGGUUCUCGCAGUGGCUUAUGGGGUUGCAGACGGCGCGUACAAAGUAUGAUUGCAGAUCGCACUGGUUCUUACUCCCUGGCGUUCUAUGUGACAGGCGCGGUCACUCUGCUUGGGGCGGCUGUGUUUUUUGUACAUCUCUGUUUCUGUUUACCUCUUCCGUCGGAUGGGAGCCAUUUUUGUAUUCAGGUUGAGACUAUGGAAGAUCAUGAAGCUGCUUAUACCAGUCGUGUUGUAGUAGGUGAAGAAAAUAAUGGUCAAGAAACACUCUUUUAGAACUAAUGCUAACAGAAUAUGGAACGGAUAGCCCUUGAUAGACUCACUCAUUGCUCGGAGCGAGCGCAGAGAGCGGAGAGCAAGUCUAAUUUUGUAGUCGACUGUCUUUUUUGUGUGGGUUUCCUGUUACAUAACGGUGCAUGCGCGCCAGUUUAGUAAAGUACUCGGCGUUAUGUGGUUUCGACUCUUCUUAUUCUUGGCGAGGUAUCUUGGAGGUUUUUUGGUAAGUUCAAGCUACGCAUACCUGUCAACUCUCCCGCAUUAGGCGGGUGUCUCAAGAUUUUGGACCCCUUCUCGGCUCUCCCGCGUUUAGUAUCAAAUCUCCCGCUUUUUAGAGUUUUUUCAUCGUUUCCGAAAAAUUAUUCUAUAGAAAAUCGUCAUUUUGCCUAUUUUCUAUUAAGAUAUUUAAAACAAUAAUUCCCGUGCGCAGCGCAAUUUAUCUAACACCCUCGUGAGAUCUAUAAGUGGAUUUGUUCGCGAAAGCUUUCUUUACGGCGAACGCCGGCGAGGUUAUACCCCUCCCUCCCCCAAAAAAAGAAUAUACCCACCCCUCACCCAAAGAAAUUAUCAAGCCUUGAGAUUUUCGGAGGUUGACAGGUAUGGCUACGACUUGUCUAAAUUACCUUCGUAUGAGUUCUCACGGCUUUCAAAGUGUAUUUUUCACUGGUGUUAGAUCAUUUUCACUUCAGUUUUCUAGAGUUACAGAGGGGAUUUAGCAUGGAUAUCCAUCGAUGGCGACUGGCGAUGCUGUCAACAAAAACACGAGACGUUUGGCGUUGCCAAAUAUUCCCAGAAAUUUGUGGCUGCCUGUGGUCAAGUCUCCUCCGAUCUGGAUUGUUUAUUUGCCCGAGUGAGGGCUUGUCAAACUAACCCAAUGCCUAUCAAGGCGGGUAUACAAAUUUUCUGCUAGCAGAGGCCUCUUUUUAGCCAAGCGAAAUAUAGAGAAAAGAGGCCUCUGCUAGCAGGGAAGUAUACAAACCAACCUGUAAUGUUGUACCGUCACCUUGGUAACGCGUGAUUUGAGUUGAUUUUAAUUGUUAAUUGUUGAUGUAACUAGCGAGUCAGUCGUUUGCUGACCGUUGACCAGCAAUGUAGUAAACGAACCAUUCACUAUUCGACUCAGUCUUUAUUUAACACACCAAAUAUUACACAACCCAAUGCCUAUUACGGCGGGUAUUAAAAUCUAAAUGGUAGGAAGAUUUAAAAUAAUAUGCUACAAAUUAUAAAUCACAUGCCUCUAUUUAUUCUUAGUUUAUUAUUUUAAGUUCGCAUUUCGUUUGUCCACGGUUUGUCUUUCAUUCUCGCCUUUCUGCCUGCCUAAAGGUUGUAUUUCCGUACUGUGUGUGCAGGAUAAAAAAUGUAUCUGAACAUGGGCUCUAGGUGAUGUGUAAUGUCCUGUUAGUGUUGAAUAAACCACGUAUUACCAUUCCAA